AUGAAUGCAAGUGACAAGUGCAAACUUGUGAUAGGGUUUUACAUCGUUGGUCACUCAGCCGGGGGUCAGCUUGGAGCUAUGAUGCUGUCUGUUGAUUGGUCAGAAAAGUAUGGUCUGCCAAAAGAUUUCAUCAAAGGCGCUUGUCUCGUGUCGGGGGUGUUUGAUGUCCGGCCGUUGGUCGGAUCCUACGUUAAUGAACCUCUUCACAUGACGGAUGAGCAAGCUUACCAAGUCAGCCCUAUCAUUCCCACCAAUCUGUCGGAAGCAAUCCGGCUGUGCCCCCGCUGUAAAAUCAUCAACGUCUGUGGGGAGCACGACCCUCCAAUAUUCCAUCAGAUGAUGAGAGACUACACCAAAGAACUUUCCAAAGGUGGCGUGGAUGCUACAUGUGAGGUGAUUCCUGGAUUGGACCAUUUUGAACUGAUUGAAAGACUAUCUGAAGCAGAGUAUUCACUCACACAGACUGUGCUGGGCAUGAUGUCGCUUCCUGCAAAGAACAAUCUGGCAACAGAGCAGUCCAUGUAAUUCCAAGAAUUCCCCCCCCCCCAAAAAAAAAUACACCAAACAAACAAGAAAGAAAUUUUUACUGUGAGAGAAAAGUAUCCUUUUAAAGUGAUUUCCAGAUAGACUUCUGUUCUGCACCUGUAAACUUUUUGGUUGAUAUUAUUUAAUGAUGACUCUAUUUUCAGGGUAUAUAACACCACGACGGGCAGGUCAGCUGCACAUUUUGUGCAGUUACUUCAACAAAAGUGUGUCAUUGAAUAAUAGGUACUUAGUCUUUUUAUAAACAGAGUUUAAUACUGAUUUGGCCGUUCAGUCUUUGAAAGAUUCCAAAUUUAAUGUGAUUUUCAGGAAUUUGUUUGCUGUGAAAUCCGAGGUAGAAAUCUGUUGAGCAAUACCUUUAUUUUUCAAAUCAAAGACCGAUGAAUUACAUUCAGGAGUGACUACACACGCAAGUCAUUGAAAGACCGACUGUUGAAGUUGUUCAAAACAACCCCACAGUUAACAGGUAUUGAAUACCCGUCUGAAGCCAAAAUCUAUUUUGGUCGAGUAGAUCAGUCACUCUGUUUUCUUCUUCUUUUUUUUCUCAGCGUGCUCUGGAAAGCUAGUUUGAAACUAGCUAGUUUCAAAUUAAAAAGAAGCUUGGCCUACUUUUGUUGAGUUGUUACUUAUUGUAUAACGGCAUGAAAUGCCAUUUCUAUGAAUGACCUCUCGUUAUAAAUGACCUCAAAUGGUUAUUGCUUUUCAGCUAUUGCUUUUCAAUGUAAAAAUAAAUAGUGAGAAUAACUGUACAAAGAGUAUCUAUGUUAGUACCAACAAUCGUAUCUUUUUAAAAGAAAAUGUUCAAGAUUGCUGAAUAAUAUUGGUACUGUACCAAGUACAUGUUGUAAAAUUGAGCAAAU